GACCGAUACGAAUGAAAAACAAAAGACAGGGAUGAAACCCGCAGAUUGGUUCAAACCACAGGGACGAUCUCUGUGAUUCUCUAUAAUUAAUUAGGACCCAUUUUGACGAGCCUCUCCGCCCUGAAUUACUCCCAAGGCAAAAAUACCUCGAUCUAUCGACUUACUGAUCGGAGUGUGUGAUCGGUGAUUGGUGGCUGCGAUUUUUCAUGUUUCAGCGAAAAAAUACGAGUCAAAGAUAUUAGAAUCCAGAAAAUGCAAUUCUUUGGAAGUUCUGAGAUCAGUCCAUCGCCGCCGGUGCCGACGGCAUCGGGCAACAAUGCGCACAUGAUGUAUGUAUUCAACAGGAACGGCGUUUGUUUGCUUUACAGGGAGUGGAAUCGCCCUCUUCGUACCCUCGAUUCCAAUCAGGAUCAUAAACUCAUGUUUGGUCUCCUUUUCUCUCUUAAAUCCCUAACCGCCAAAAUGGAUCCAUCCAGCAGCGUUGAGAAAGGGAAUCUUGGGGUACCUCAGCUACCGGGGCAAGGUUGUUCGUUUCACAGCUUUCGUACUAAUACAUACAAGUUGAGUUUCAUGGAGAGUCCAUCUGGUAUAAAGAUCAUCCUUGUAACACAUCCCAAGGCUAGCGAUCUCAGAGAGUCUCUGAAAUACAUCUACAAUUUGUAUGUUGAAUAUGUUGUGAAGAAUCCACUAUACACUCCUGGAACUCCAAUAAAAAGCGAGUUAUUUAACACGACUCUUGAUCAAUAUGUGCGAGGCCUUGGCUAAUAGUAGAAACAUCUAUACAUCAACUGGUGAGCAGUUUUCAGUUCUAAAGCAUGCAAUUGGUUUCUACAAGGAUGAUGUUGAAAAUUAUUGUGGGUUAUAAACAUUUAAAAUGUAAGCAAAAGAGAUGUUUAGAAGUGUUUUCAUUGAGUUGGUAUUAGAUAUUGCAUGAGUGAAUAUAAUUAAUGUCCUUUGUUAUUUUUUUUACACCUAAAGUUGUACCGCAUGCAUCUAAUGUUGUACUGGUCCAAUAAGUAUAAGAAUUGAAAAAGCCGGACUUGGACUUGGACCUGGACCAGCCUCAACAAGUGUGGUCCAAGUCUACCAAUUUCUGUCAAACUGGUCUGGUCCAAGUAUAGUGUAUGGUGUAAGUAUAUAAGGUUGUAGGGUAGGGGCACACUAAAUAAUACUGUAAU